UAGUCUGUUGAAGCAUCUUGUCUUGCAAAAAAUUCGAGUGCGUUUUAAAUAGUGUUCAUCAGUAACACUUUUGAAAACCGACAAUCAUCAUAUCUUGCCCUGACCGAACAAUGUCUCCCAAAUGUUGGUUGUUCACUUGUUUAGAAUUAUAAUUUAUAUCGUGAGCAUUGUCGUAUAUUGCAUAAGUAACGUACAUUAAAGAAGUGAUCUUCGUGAUGAUGUAUUAACUAGAUGCAUGUAAGUAUGAACGUUACGGGAGUAAUCGAGCCCAAAGGCAGGCGUGAUAAACACAGUGAGUAUGGAGGCAACUCCCUCACUAGAGCUGAGUGCUGGAUGAUCUCAGCGACGUCCGCAUUCAGUACGCCGCUUCUAUAAUAACCUCGGGCCUGGAGGACGCUCGGUUCGAAUUCGUGAGAGCGCUGAUUUCGGUUUCCAAGAGGCGAGGCGAUAAAAGCGACGUCUUGAGAUGGCGGAAACUGCUCCUGCUCAACCACCAGCUGCGGCUACUUCAGCGCCUAAAAGCCCCAAGAAGAAGCGCGCCGCUCCAAAGGCCAAGAAGGUCGGCCCCAGCGUGUCCGAGCUCAUCCUCAAGGCUCUGGCCAGCAGCAAGGAGAGGAACGGCGUGUCUCUUCCUGCGCUCAAAAAGUCGCUUGCUGCCGGAGGAUACGACGUGGAGAAGAACAAUGCCCGCGUGAAGUUGGCCAUCAAGAAGCUCGUGGCCAAAGACGCCGUGGCGCAAGUGAAGGGCAGCGGCGCGUCUGGCUCUUUCAAACUCAACAAGGAAAAGGCUGCCGCAAAGGCGAAGCCCAAGUCGUCAACGGCAAAGCCCGCAGCUAAAAAGCCCGCGGCAGCCAAGAAGGUGAAGAAGCCCGCGGCAGCCAAGAAGACCGCGCCCAAGAAGUCUCCCAAGAAAGCAAAGAAGCCCGCGGCUGCCAAGGCGGCCAAGAGCCCCAAAAAGGUGAAGUCGGCUGUUAAGCCCAAGAAGGCGGCGAAGAGCCCAGCCAAGCCCAAGGCUGCGAAGCCCAAGGUCGCUAAGCCCAAGACCGUCAAGGCCAAGGCCGCCAAACCCAAGGUGGCCAAGCCCAAGAAGGCCGCGGCCAAGCCCAAGAAGACUGCGCCAAAGAAGUGAAUCCGAUGGGACGACCGACGCUCGAUUCACUCCACCUCAACGGCUCUUUUCAGAGCCACCCACUUCGUUAAAAAAGUGAACCAGAUGCUGCUGCGCUUCAAUUAGUUCAAAUUAACUGUGUAACAUUUCACCCACUCGAUGUGUUUUAAGCAUUGAUGUGAUGGGAGUGAUCGAGCCCGAAAGCAGGGAUCACAAACACAGGCGAGGCGGGUGGCAGCUCCCUCACUCGAACUGAGUGCAGAGUAAUCUCAGCGACGUCAGCAUUCUCGCUGGCGAUUCUAAUCUAAAUCCAGAUUCAAAAUGAUGCAUUCUUGACGAACCUCCAAUUUUGAUUAUGUGUUGCACCUCUUCAUUCCGUCAUCAUGCUACUGGUGCCAAAUAUGGAAUUUAGUCUCAAAAUGUAUUGAUUCCAGACAGCUUUACUCAUUUGCCUUCAUUCGUUCGUUCCGCCUUUUCACUUUGUUUUUGUUUUGUAAACAUUGCGGUGCACCAUCUAAACUUCUCUAUUAAAUUAAUUACUAUACGUAAAUAUCGCAUUGUUUGCAAUGUCUUUCUUACUUUGGGACAACUAGUUGGUGACGUUCACUCAACUAUUGUGUUGGAAGCGGUUUAGCUUCACACGAUUAUAAAGUUAGUUCAUCUUGUUCACUUGAAAACAAGACCUUACACCGAUUAUUCACUGCACGUGCAAUCUUGCAACAGAUGGCGUUCCUCUGGCGUUCGCUGCGGGUGUGCCAAUAUCAUUCCAGAGUGCUUCGAAGAAGGGCCAUUGCCCAAAACGUCGCAUAUUAUACAUGUCAAGGAAGUGUUAUUGACGACGGUGGAGGGUUUUCUUCGUCGCAGAGGUUAAAGGUGGAAGGUUUAAGGCGGAGCCAUCGCGGAGGGCAGGGGUGGUCGGUGACGUCGCCACGCUUCGGGUAUAAAGGCGGCUGCUGCUGCAAGCUGAGCGCGCAGUCUCUCGCGAGGAGCUUUGUCACAAGUAGUCGCAAUGUCUGGACGCGGUAAAGGCGGUAAGGGGCUCGGCAAGGGAGGCGCAAAACGCCAUCGCAAGGUGCUGCGCGACAACAUCCAGGGCAUCACCAAGCCCGCCAUCCGCCGCCUCGCUCGCCGCGGCGGUGUGAAGCGCAUCUCGGGCCUCAUCUACGAGGAGACCCGCGGCGUCCUGAAGGUCUUCCUUGAGAACGUCAUCCGCGACGCCGUCACCUACACGGAGCACGCCAAGCGCAAGACCGUCACCGCCAUGGACGUGGUCUACGCCCUCAAGCGCCAGGGCCGCACUCUCUACGGCUUCGGAGGCUGAGCGCCCAUCUCUCGCACACUAAGCCAACCCAAAGGCUCUUUUCAGAGCCACC